CCCCAGAGCUGUUCCUAACGCUGGUGAGUCAUUGGUUUUGUGGAAACUGAACCUUGAGGCUUUAAAUGAAGCGAAGUCGACGCUGGAGAAUCAUUCAGCAACAGAAGCGAAGAUGAAACUCCUGGUGCUCGUCUGUCUGAGUUUGGUCAGUGUGGGGUCCUCCACGCUUUUAAACCCGAGAGGAACUCGUCCGGUGGAGCCCGCCACCAGGUCCGAGAAAUGUGCCUCUCAAAAGGAGUGGCCUUUCUGCACAGACGAUGACUGGGGCCACAAAUGCCCGUCAGGCUGCAGGAUCCAGGGUCUGAUGGAUAAAUACGACCACAGUGUGCUGAAGAGGAUUGAGAAGAUCCGCAGCCUCCUGGACCAGAACAGGGUCAGCCAUCGUUCCACCGACCAGGUGUCCAAACAGACGUACGACUACCUGAAGGACAAACUCACAACUGACGCAAAUCACGACAACAGCUACUAUGACGUGGCCCAGAAUCUGCGACAAAGGAUCACUGACAUGAAAAUCAAGAUUGACCGACAGCUGAGGAUCCUCGCCGCCCUGAAGGAUCGAGUCAAAGACCAGGUGGUGGAGAUGCAGCGGCUGGAGGUGGACAUCGACAUCAAGCUUCGUUCCUGCAAAGGUUCCUGCAGCAGCUACUCAGAGUACCAGGUGGACAAGGAGAGCUACGUGGCGCUGGGUAAACAGAUUAACCAGCUGGACUCCCAGUUGGCUCCGAACGUCGAGUCCGUGCGUACGCUGUACGUGAUGAAGAGCAAGGAAAUGGUGGAGGAAAGAGUCUUCAAGUCUGCCAGUGGCCCCUUGAUGUCAGCACAGAAGACAGAAGAUGUCUUCCCUGAUGUGAAGACAGUCAAGUUGAUCCUCGAGUCAGAAGGCUCCUCUGCAUCCCCAGCAACCAUCACCAAGGACCCAGGUACUUCCUACUCUGCAUCUACAUCAUCAUCCUCCAGCGCUUCCUCCUCCGCUUCCUCCUCCGCCUCCUCCUCCUCCUCCGCCUCCUCCUCGAAAACCAUCACUGAGCUCGGAAGCGACAGCAGUUUGUUUGGUACAGGGUUUGGAAGCAACAGCCAGCCCAGCACGAGCCACACGUCCACCAAAUCCAUCACCUGCACCAAGAGCAUCAGGAGAACGAUUGUCCAAACGAGCAGUGGACCAGAGGAGAAAAUGGAGGAGGUGAUCGAGGGAGGACCGGAGUGUCAUGUUAUGGCCGACACUAGCAAGGGCGGAAUGGGCGCUUUUUUCCCCAGCCUCAGCCAUACAUCAUCCACCUCAUCCAGCACCACCAAGACGUUCCAUAGCAGUGGCACUAAGGGAAGCAUCACAGGAGGUGACAAAACUGGAUUUCCGAAUAUAUUUGCUUCUGACAUUGAUGGGUUCCUAACAGAUGAUCCAGAGGAGGACCUUCCUGACGUCCACGCCCGAAGUGUGAAGAGCGCGCGUGUUGAGCGACAAGCCGAUUAUAUAGGAAAAGAUUGUGUUGAAGCCCACCAGAACCACCUGAAAGGGGAAACGAACGGCCUGUUUAAAAUCAAACCCGGCGGAACAGACUCCACGGGUAUAGUGGUGGUUUACUGCCAGCAAGAGGGGCUAAUGGGUGGAUGGUUGUUAGUCCAGCAGAGAGAUAGUGGCGCGCUCAGCUUCAACCGCACCUGGGCUGAAUACCGCAACGGGUUCGGUUCACUUGACAUGCAGGGAAAGGGGGAGUUUUGGUUGGGCAGCCAGAACCUCCACUUGUUGACUAAUCAGGCUGAGACCAUGAUGAAAGUGGAGCUUGAAGAUUGGGAACAGGGAGUAGCAACUGCUGAGUAUACAAUCAGAGUUGGUUCUGAGGGGGAGGGGUACCAGCUGCAUGUAUCUGGGUACACGGGGGACGCCGGUGACGCUCUGGUGAUGCCCAUGUCUGAAAUGGCGUCUGAUGUGUCACACAACGGGAUGAAAUUUAGCACCUUUGACAGAGACAACGACAAGUCGGAGGAGAAUUGCGCAGAGAUGUACGGGGGUGGGUGGUGGUACAACAACUGCCAGUCGGUUAACUUGAAUGGGAUUUAUAACAAAGGCGUUGUGUGGCCAACAUACAAACCCGCUAGCUACAGACUUAAAACUGUGAAGGUGUUUAUCCGACCAGCUGCUUUUUAAUAACGCACAGAGCAAGAAAAUAUCGUUGCGUAAUAUCAAAAAAACACGUUUAUACACAUUUAGAUUAAAAGAGGAAGCUAGAUGUACGAGGGGCCAAUUCAUAAUUGAGGACAAAAAAUCAAGAUAGUUUCAUUGAUCUGUUGGUAAAUUAUUGUGGGAUUUCACAAUCAUGUCAAACAGUGUCCGUGUUUCUUCACUUGUAUAUUUGACCCACUGUGUAAACAUGAGUUACCUGUUUGUUACCAAACCAGUGUUCAUGGAAAAACAUGAUGUUCUGCCUGUUGCUAAACUCUGCUCGAUCAAUAAAGAUUCAAUGUUCACUUCA